CUAAUUCAAGGUAGUGCUUGGUGGUGUGGAACAAUCAUUUUGAAAUUUCUGACAUCUAAAGUCUUAGGCGUUUCAGACCAUAUUCGCCUCAGUGACCUUAUAGCAGCCAGAAUCUUAAGGUAUACAGAUUUUGAUACCUUAAUAUAUACCUGUGCUCCUGAAUUUGAUUUCAUGGAAAAAGAGACUCCACUGAGAUAUGCAAAGACAUUAUUGCUUCCAGUUGUUCUGGUGAUUACUUGUUUCAUCUUAAAAAAGACUGUUCGUGAUAUUUCAUGUGUCUUAUCUACAAACACUUUUCAAAGAAAACAGCUCCUUGAACAUGGUGAGCUGAUUUUUCACACAUUGCAGUUGUUAGCAUUUACUGCCCUUGCUGUUUUAAUUAUGAGGCUGAAGCUAUUUUUGACACCCCACAUGUGUGUUAUGGCUUCCUUGAUAUGCUCUAGACGGCUCUUUGGCUGGCUUUUUUGCAGAGUUCGAUUCGAGAAUGUUAUCUUUGGCAUUCUAACAGUGAUGUCACUACAAGGUUUUGCAAACCUCCAUAAUCAAUGGAGCAUAAUAGGAGAAUUUAAUAAUUUGCCCCAGGAAGAACUUAUACAAUGGAUUAAAUACAAUACCAGACCAGAUGCUGUUUUCGCAGGUGCCAUGCCUACCAUGGCAAGCGUCAAGCUGUCUGCACUUCAUCCCAUUGUGAAUCACCCACAUUACGAGGAUGCAGACUUGAGUCUAAAAACCUAUGAGGUACUUUAUGAUUUAUGUAUUUCCUCUAGCUAUGAAUGUGUUUUUAAUACGGAUAUAUAUAUACACAUCUUUUUUUUUUUCAGGCCUGGUUGCAGCAUGCUUGAGAUCUGGGAUGUGGAAGACCCUUCCAGUGCCGCUAACCCUCCCUUAUGUAGCGUCCUGCUCAAGGACGCGCGGCCUUACUUCACCACUGUGUUCCAGAACAGCGUGUACAGAGUCCUGAGGGUGAACUAAGGACGAGACUACCCAUUACACUGUGGUGCAACGAAGGGUGUUGAAAACAAUCACAUGUUGGCUUAUUUACAUUAAUAAAAAUCACAAGCUUUAAUAAGAGAUGCUUAAAAAGAAGAUAAAAAUGAUUUAAAGUUUUUUUGAUUAUUAAAGGUAAAUCACCUCAUUGUUUCCCACUGAAUGUUGGCCUUAUAAAGCCUGUAAAUCAUUUCAUGCUGCAUAAACUAAUUUUCAUCUUAGAGUUUUAAAGAAAAAUGUAUGUAAAACAAUAUGAAAUUUUAUAAAUCAAGGGUAAGUCCUUUUUAUCCAACUAGGAGAUUGCUUUAGAUUUUCUCUGGAACCAGGGUGGAACAACUCAAACACCGAGGACAGAAGGACGCAGGCUGGGAGAUGACAGCACCUUAGGAUCCUGAUACUGGUCACGGCUUCUUUACUUCUGCCAGGAAAUUGUAACCAUGUGUCUAUUAAAGGAGUUUUUUCUUUCACUAGCUCUCAGGAAAGAUCUUUAAUAACUUUUAACAACUUUUUUAUCAUUUCAAGUUAAAAUGUUUGAAAGAAACCAGAUUGUUUUGUAAUGUUUUGAAUCUCUUCAAAUGUAUCUACCCAACCAGAUUAGUAUUUUACACUGAUUAGUUCUCAGUCUAAGCUCAACACGUUAUUAAUCUGUUUAGAACCAAGUAGUUUUUUUGUUUUUCUUUAUAUCCAGGUGAAAUAACAAUUGCUACGGUACACAACCAAAUUAGGGGGUUAAACAUAAUCAGAAAAGAAAACCCAGUUAAAUUUAUCCAAUGAGAUUUUCGUUUUCAGAUCCUAGACCUUGAAUGAAGCAGAGGCCUUUCUGUCUCGAUGGCCCUGCAGCUUAUUGGAUGUCGUCUCUCCUUCUUUUGUAAUAACAUAUUUUUAAGUCCUUAUGUAUUUUAGGUGUUGGGUGAGGAAGGUCAUAUUUUAUAAAUCCUCUUCCCCCCAAAAUCCUACCCAACAAUAAUGCUUUGAAAAGUAGUAUAUAGUUAUCCUGAAGAUAAUUAUUGCUAGCUACAAAAAUAAACACUCUUUUUUUCUGCUUGACAAAUGCUAAAUAUGCCAAAUCUAUAGUAUUUUAGUGUGUGUCUACUUUAAGUUAACCAUCUUGGAGUUUUUAUAAUGCCUGUAUAUUCUUGGCCUUCUGUACCUGAGAUCACAAAAUGACUUAAUUCCAUAUGUUAAUUCAUUUUAGUAGGUAGGCAGUAAUAUAAAGGAAAACCAAUAAAACUUUUUGUCAACUUU